AUGUCUCUUAAUUUAUGUGUUCUUCCUGAUGUUAAACCAGAUGAGAAUGCGAUAACUAUUUCGCAUGUUCGUGCUUAUGUUAUAAAAUCAAAAGAAGUUGAAGAAACAGGAGGUGGAUUUGCUGAUUGUCAUUCCCAAGCUGAAGGUCAUUGGAUUUUAGGUACAGAUAAAUGGCCAAUUGCAAAUCCAAUGUCAUAUUAUGAAAAAUAUAAAGCUCGUCGUUCAAGUUGGGGAAUUGAUGCAAUUGGAUCAGUUAUUGUUGAAAUUGAAUUAACAAAUGGAAUAAAAGGUAUUGGAAUAUCUAUUGGUGGUGAACCAGCAUGUUAUAUUAUUGAAAAACAUUUUAGUCGAUUUCUUGAAGGACAAGAUCCACUUAAUAUUGAAUAUUUAUGGGAUGUUAUGUGGCGUUCAUCUAUUAAUUAUGGUCGAAAAGGUUUAACAAUUCAAUCAAUAUCAGCGAUUGAUCUUGCACUUUGGGAUUGUGCUGGAAAAUUAAGAAAUGAACCGGUUUAUAAAUUACUUGGAGGAAAAACAAAAGAUUGUUUACCUUGUUAUGCAACAUGUUAUGAUCCUCUAGCAGCGAAAAAUUUAGGAUUUAAAGGUGCAAAAUUUCCUUUACCUUAUGGACCAGCUGAUGGUGAUCAAGGAAUGAUGAAAAAUAUUGAAAGAAUUAAACAAAUACGUGAAAGUGUUGGACCGGAUUUUCCAUUAAUGAUUGAUUGUUAUAUGUCAUUAACUGUUUCUUAUACAUUAAAAUUACUUGAAUUAAUUAAACCAUUUAAUAUUAAAUGGUUAGAAGAACAUUUACCACCAGAUCAAUAUUCAGGUUAUGCUGAAGUUAAAAAACGAAAUCCAACAACAAUUUUAUUAACUUGUGGUGAACAUGAAUAUACACGUUGGGGAUUUAAAUUAUUAUUAGAUAAUAAUUGUGCAGAUUUACUUCAACCAGAUGUGACAUGGUGUGGUGGAAUAACUGAAGCAAGAAGAAUUGUUGCACUUGCAUCAGCUUAUGAUAUUCCAAUUAUUCCACAUGGUUCAUCGAUUUAUUCAUAUCAUUUACAAUAUGCAUUUCCUAAUUUACCAAUGAGUGAAUUUCUUAUUAUGUCAUCUGAUAGUUCAUCAAUUGUACCUUAUUUUGGUGAUUUAUUUACUGAUGAACCAUUACCUAAAGAUGGAUGGAUUCAUUUAGAUGCAAACAAACCAGGAUUUGGUGUUACAAUUAAUAAAAAUAAUCUUCGUCGACCUUAUAAUAGAGAUGAAAAAGUAAUUUAA